UGCUUUUCGGGCGCUUUCAAGCCUUUCUCCUCCUCCUCCUCUGCCCGGACGACCAUGUGCUACGCCUGCAAGCCGACCAUGCUACAGAUCAGCAUGUCCCCAACCUCCGCCAGGGCCGCGCCUAGCGAGCCCCAAUACUUCACUUUUGAUCCUCUCCCGGACAACGAGAAGAGUCCAGCCCACCGGGGUUACACCAAAACCAGCAAGUCCAAGAGACGUUCGCGGAGAGUCCUCUACCCUCCAGUGGUGAAGCGUUAUUAUCCCACUGAGGAGCGCAGCUAUGCCAAGACCUUCCUCUUCAUCCUCCUCGCAGUUGUCUUCUUCCAAAUCCAUAAUGCAGAAGAGGACCUCCUGCUUGCUGGAGCCACCAUGGAGGAAAACACAUCCAGCUGCUUUCUGCAGGGCGGGGGCUCUCAGGCCCCUUCGGCACAGCCCAUCAUUGCAGAGCAACCCGUUGUAUCAACACCCUCCUUGGAAAUCGCCAAUGUUUCUGAGUGGUCCUGGGGGGAGGACAGAUCUUCGGAAUCUACUCUCGACAUCACCCAUUUUUUGCAGCAGAAUCCAGCUGCUUUCUGAAGAGGGAACAACCUCCCUCCCCUCCUGCUGGAGAGGGAAAUGGACCGAGAGUCUAUAAAGUGGGAAUCCAGGCGGCAGGGCUGCCGUGCUCGUGGGCCUUUAGCAAAAGUCUCUUUGUAAAGCAGAAGUAAAGAUGCAGAAAGGGACAAGGAGGCCUGGAGCUCAGCCUUGUGCAUUCCUGACACAAGGCUGACGUCAUAAGAAACUUGAACUCGACUGACACAGCAUUAUGCAAACAGGAAGGGGGACAUUCCUUGUUGGUGCAAUUGAAGGAGGUGGGGGAAAGGGGAUAUUUAAUAUUUAUUAAUAAUAAUUAAUAAUAAUAAUUAAUAUCUAUGUAAUGUAAGCUGACUUUUAUUUAUGUGUGAAACUGGGAGGUAGGAUAGGGAACUGCUGCUGUUGGGCUGCACUAUGCCUUUGGAAAAAACUGUUAGAAUGUUUUUAUAUUUCUCUAGCAAGGUAGAAUUAACAGGGAUGGUUUUGUGGGUCAUGAAUCUGAUAGGAAGAAGGCUAGAUUUUGGAAAUUGAGAAUCUUUUUAGCAUUUGUACUUUGGGUGAAGGAGCAACGUUUUAGUGAAGAUUGAAUGGUGCUCAGAAUUUUGCAAAUGGUGUGAUGCU